AUGGACGGCAGAAGCCGGACGGGUUACACCACCUGCCUUAUGGCUCCCAACCAGGGCUACACAUCAGGGUACAACGCUUACGGAGCAAACUGCGUGACCACGAUCCCCAAACAGCAAGACGGCUACGUGAUACCUGCCGAUUACCGCUUUUCCGAAGGCUACUCUAUGGACUAUUACAACUUUAACAAGGGAGGCGCCCUGCAGAGCACUUUGGAGUGCGACCCGGCGCUUUACAAGGACUUCCAGUACCCCGUCGCCGAUAACAGCGGGUACACGUAUCCGGCUCCAGAGCAGAUGUACAGGGACUACCCCUACACCGGGGAGGAAUACAACCGUUACAUGGAGGUGCUGGGAACCGAACAGGUGCCGCAGGUACGUUAUGGCGAAUCAGAACUAAAAACAAUACAGUUAGUCAACGACGCGCCGCAGCUCACAACUGAAUUCUUCGCAUCAAACGCCGCAUUCCAGCGCAUUCCGCUCUAUCCGUCACGCACAGUGUUCCGACGCCGUCGCCAGGGCGACCCAAUCAACGAAUGGAGCAACGCCUUCAUCAACGAGGAAGAUGACCUUUGUGACGCUACGCAGUGCUGCACCGGCUAA